GAAACCAAAACCGCCCAGUUGGAAUUUAGUGUGAACGUUGAAGAACUACGCAACACAACGGGGACGCAGCUCCCGCGUUGCGUUCCCAAACAAGGCGUCUCUGCGUAAAGACUUUGUGCGUGUUCUGCUUAUAUCGUCCUCUCCAGCUUUCACUUAUCAAAUAGAGAUAUCUCUCUCCAUCCAGCCUUCGUCUCGCCAGCGCUCAUCUUGUCUUCCGUUUCACCAGAGAGAGGGAAGACCAAAAGGGAAAAGAAAAAGAAGAAGAAAGGGAGAGAGUUAUACCAAACAUCAUGGCUGGCAGCAGCGGAGCCACCACCGGGAGUUCUCUGGAGUACACGCCGACGUGGGCGCUCGCAGUGGUUUGCUUCUUCUUCAUAUCGACCUCCCUCGUUCUCGAGCACCUCAUCCAUCUCCUAACCAACUGGCUCAAGAGACACCGGAAGCGUGCCUUGACGGAGGCGGUGGAGAGACUUAAAUCUGAGUUGAUACUGCUAGGGUUCGUAUCGCUGCUCUUAGCGGUGACCCAAGAUUCGAUAUCAAACAUCUGCAUCUCUCCCGAGCUCGCAGACACCAUGCUUCCUUGUAAGAAGCAAUCUUCGACGUCCACCGAAUCGACGGCAAAAUUCCAAGUCGAGCGCUUCUUGGGGGAGAUGGCAUUGUCGGCAGCAUCUGCAAACUUGUCAAUGGCAGUCAACGGAGCUACAUAUCGGAGACUUCUAUGGCUUCCGCAGCGGCAACUGGAGGAUGACGAAAACACAACGACAGCGACAACGACUAACACCACCGAUCCUUGCAGCUCCAAGGACAAGGUGUCAUUGGUGACCCCAGAAGGGAUUCAGCAGCUCCAGAUCUUCAUCUUCGUGUUGGCGGUAAUGCAGAUUGUGUACAGUGUUAUCACCAUGGCUUUGGGCAGAUUAAAGAUGAGGCGUUGGGAAGCUUGGGAAAGAGAAACUCAAACUACCGAGUAUCUGGUCGCCAAUGAUCCAAACAGAUUCAGAUUCACGAGACAAACGACCUUUGGGAGACGGCACAUGACAACGUGUUCAGACACGCCCAUCAAUUUGUGGAUCAAAUGUUUUUUCAGACAGUUCUUCCACUCGGUCGCGAAAGUCGAUUACCUCACCCUCAGACACGGUUUCAUCUCGGCUCACUUAUCGGCUCGCAAUAAUAAUUUCAAUUUCCAAAAGUACAUACAGCGGUCUCUAGAGGAAGACUUCAAGGUUGUGGUCAGCAUCAGCCCCGUGAUGUGGUUCGUGGUCGUCAUAUUCAUGCUCGUGGACGUCCAUGGGUGGAACGUUUAUCUCUGGGUUUCUUACGUCCCGCUCCUGCUGGUGUUGAUCGUUGGGACCAAACUGGAAGUGAUCGUAGCGAGAAUGGCUCUGCAGAUGAAGAACCAGAACAGCGUCAUCAUCGGCGCCCCGCUCGUGAGGCCGAACGACGACCUGUUCUGGUUCGGCUAUCCCAAAUUCGUCCUCACGCUCCUUCACUACACCCUCUUCGUGAAUGCGUUCGAACUCGCGUUCUUCAUAUGGGUCACGAUACUAUUCGGGGUGGGUUCCUGCUAUCAUGAGCACACCGUGAUCAUUGUGACAAGAGUGGUGUUGGCGGUUACAGUUCAAGUGCUUUGUUGCUACAUCACUCUUCCCCUAUAUGCGCUUGUCACGCAGAUGGGUUCGCACUUCAAAGGCAAAGUCCUGGAGGAGCAGUUGGCAAACGUAAUAAAGCAAUGGCAUGCCGAAGUGAGGGAGAGAAGGAACAACAGCCGUAGACUGGAACAAUCCUCCUUGUUUCAAUCCCCUCGGACUUCUCUGUCUCUCGAGUCGACCCCCUCGAGGGCGAGGCCCGCCUCGAAUUUCGACCCUCCACGGUCGUCCUUCGGAGCCGCCACGAGGGCGCCGGACCAAAGCCCUCCCUCCUCGAGCAGUCAUGCAAGAAGAGAGAUCACGGAGGAAGCGUUCAGCGAGGAUUACGAGGCGAGGGUCGAAGAGGGAGGUUCUUCCAGGGGCAUUUAUCGGGCUUCAGAGUUGGAAAUGCCGUCGUUCAGGCAAUAAUAACAUAGGAAAUUUGACUAGAGAAAGGUCGAUAAGCAUUUGCUUUCCUACUGUGCAAAUAAGGAAAACGAUUCGCGUGAAUCGGGCCAACGUAGACAGCAACAUGUUGAUGGAAUCAUCAUGCAUUACGGUCACUAGAGGGAUACAUACAUUGUACAGGAGGAUACACCUCUUCAGAUAUUUCGGCCACCAUGUACUUCGAUUUUAGUAGGAUAAGUUUGCAGUAAGAUAGAGGUCGACGAUUUAUUUUCCUGUCUACCAGGAAUGUGUAACUAAACGACAUACAGAGAAGAUAUGUACACGUGACGCGGUUGAUGUUCA